AUGUCUCUCGAACUGGAUUACCGAAACACCUUCAUCACGGUUCAGGAGGAGCCUAUGGUGCAGCUUACUCGCCGGGCCUCCAGCGUGCCACCAAGGCAGCCUCUGUCGCCUUGCAGGAGGCGGGUAGAUGCGCAUGUGACUGCAUGCGAGUGGUCGGAUCUUUCGGCAAGAUGGCCUGUGGCCAGGAGGAGGCGGCCCAGGUGGAGCUGGAGGAGCCUGCGAGCACCAUGGAGCCCGAGGAAUCUUCAGAGGAGAUACUUUCUGAGGACGGGUCCACUGCCAGUAAGAAAUGCAAUCCUGGGAGCGCCGGCCAUCCAGAGCUGUGUCGAAGGCCUUGCAUCUACUUUGCACUGGGCCAGUGCAUGAACCUGGCAGACUGUAAUUUCUGCCAUCUGCCUCACAACAAUCGAUCAGCCACAUUGGACAAGAAUCAGCGCCAGCUGAUCAAGGAGAUGAGCCGACAUGAGUUCUUGUCGAUGCUGCUUCGCUGUCUGCACAGCAAAGCAGCAGAGGGGCGUUUCGAACUGGACGCCCAAGAUGUGUUGCAGCUUUUCAAAGCGCAGCUCGCCCAGCUGAAGCCAACUCCCAGCAAGGUAUCGAAGGCUAAGGUCAUGAACCUCGAGAAGGCCUUGACCCGGAUGACCUUCUUCAGCGUCGCGAGUCUGACAUCUCGCGUGCAGCUGGGUGCCAGCUUCCUGGACGCAUGCAAGGAGAAGGUCGGUUGCCUGCGGCAGAAGCUUGCAUAG